UUUAAAGUUUCCUAAUCCAAGAUUAAUUUCUACGUCAUAGUGACAAUUACAACGCCAUCUGUUGGACAGGUGAAUGAAUCUCAGCAUGGCAACAAAUUUUAACCAUGACGUGCCAACACUCGACGACAAGGAUGACGGAGGGAAUAUUCAGCCACAUUUGGGAUCAUUUCAGUUUAAAGAACCAACCUCACUUGAACAUAUUAAUCCUGGUUUUGUAAGCGAUGACCAUGACAACAUAGAAUAUAACAAUCAAACUUCUUCAACAUUAAACAACAAAGGACAACGUUCUACUGAUGACGACUCACGGGUAAAUUCAAUAGAACACGGUGAUGGUUCAGACACUACGUCAUAUCCGGUUAUGUACAGUACUGGUGGUCACAGCAGUGUAGUACAAGAACAAGUUGUUAUAAAGAAACUAGACGGGUCAAAAGUCAUACAAACAGAACAAUGUUGCGAUUACACACAAACUUAUAAAAAGAAACAGAAACCGUUACGUAAAGAGCGGAUACUACGAUUGAAAAUUUUAAGUAUUAUUGCUAUAAUUGUAUACUUUCCUCUAGGAAUUCCAGCUGUAUACUUUGCCUUUAAUAUAAAGAAAGAAUUUGAUGCUGGUAUAGUGCGUGGUAAUAUAGACAAGGCACAAAAGUACGCUGGCCGUGCAGAAAAGUUGGUUAUUUUUGCCAUUAUUUUUGCAUUUUUGACAGCUGUGUUGGUAUUUGCUCUAGUUGACAGAUUGAGCGGCAACAAUGAUGGUUAUGUACCAUCACAUCGCAUUUUACCGGGUCGGUAAUACGGGUUUUCUAUUUAAGUUUUUAUCAACAUUUCAACAUUAUUACUACAUAUUUGGUCUGAUAUAGUUCAGUCAGUUGCUCCUAAAAUGAAGGGAUGGGGGUUCAAAAACCAAAAACUAUAAUAAUGUACUGGUUUUUUUUUUCAGAAAAUAACUUAACUUGCAGUUCUUUCAGAAAUAUCUAUGCAUUUGUUAACCCCUUUUAUAUUAUUGUUUUAUCAAAUUUUUAUUCAUGUAUUUUAUUGACAAUCAAUGGUCCUAAAUAUUGUCUGAUUCAUAUUAUUAUCACUUCAUAUAUUUGUAUAUAUUCAAAUGAUAUUUAUCACAAAGUGCCAAUUUAUAAUAGAAUAGAAUUAAUUUAUUAUACUUGUA